AUGGAGAUGGCGGUAGCGCCCAUCGAGCGGGUCAAGCUGCUGCUGCAGGUGCAGCAUGCCAGCAAGCAAAUCACUGCAGAUGAGCAAUACAAGGGCAUUAUAGACUGUGUGGUUCGCAUCCCCAAGGAGCAGGGAGUCCCGUCCUUCUGGCGCGGUAACCUGGCCAAUGUCAUCAGACACUUCCCCACCCAGGCUCUCAACUUUGCCUUCAAAGAUAAAGACAAGCAGAUCUCCCUGGGUGGCGUGGACAAGAGAAUCCAGUUUGGGCGCUACUUUGCCGGGAAUCUGGCGUCGGGUGAUGCCGCUGGGGCCACGUCCUGGUGUUUUGUGUAUCCUCUUGAUUUUGCCCAUACCCGGCUAGCAGCCGAUGUGGGCAAAGCUGGAGCUGAAAGGGAAUUCGGAGGCCUCAGUGACUGCUUGGUUAAGGUCUACAAAUCUGAUGGGAUUAAGGGCCUCUACCAAGGCUUUAAUGUGUCUGUGCAGGGCAUUAUCAUCUACCGAGCUGCCUGCUUCGGUAUCUAUGACACCGCAAAGGGGAUGCUUCCAGAUCCCAAGAAUACUCACAUCUUCAUCAGCUGGAUGAUCGCACAAUCCGUCACAGUGGUUGCCGGGUUGACUUCCUACUCGUCUGACACUAUUCGCCACCAAAAGAUGAUGCAGUCAGGGCGCAAAGGGACUGACAUCAUGUACUGGGCACAGAAGGGCACAGUAGACGGCUGGAUGAAGAUGGCUCGUGAUGAAGGAGCCAGAGUGUUUUUCAAGGGGCCGUGGUAUAAUUGGCGGCUUGUGGCUGAUGGCUCCCGCUUUGGACUGCGCCAGUCUGGGCCAUGCGGAUGCAGUGAUGUCGGGACAUCCCGGUCCCGUCUCAGGGAGCGCAUACUCAAGCCGGAGGUGGUCCCCUCAGGAGGCCUGGCAGCGAGGAUGAGAAGCCGGCGCUCUCCUUGGUGGACCCCGGGGGCUGCUCCCCGGCUCCCGCAGAACGAGCUCACCAGUGACCCGCAGGGCGCCGUGUGA